AUGGACGACGUGAAGGUUCAACGACCCAAAACCAGACUUCUCAAAUAUGUCGAGCGCUGGAGAAAGCUGGAAGAAGAGUUAGAGCGGUUGAUAAAGUUGACAGAAGAAGCAGCUGAGAUUUCUCGCGAGUUGCAAGCCGACUACGAUGUCUUCUUUGAUGGAAGCGAUAUGAACAACUUCCCUUACCUGAAGAGUCGCGAAUGCUUCAUUCUCAAGAAGCGAGGAAAUCUAGAGAAGAUGGAGAAUGCGAAGCUUCUUAGGUUGCAGCAGGCAGUGGACCUCUUCUCUCUCGUCGAAGACUGCGACAUCACUCAGAGCACUCCUGCCUCGUUCGGAUUCGGCGGGAGGAUCCCAGACUUCCCGCUGAUCCUCCGUAUGCAUGCCGAGCUGCACGAAAGAAUGCAUGAGACCCGGCCCAACUCUUUCUCCUUUGGCGGCAGCCAGAGCCUGCUGGGAAUAUGGUUGUCCACUCUUGAGGAGGCCUACACUAAGGCCGAUGGCGGGUAUGCCAAUGUUGACUGGACUAGCAAGAGUCUAGAAGAUUUGAUAGACGACGUAGCGACGGAACUUCUGACUUCAAAGAUUGUAGAUGAUGCUUUCCGGGGAGACGAUGCCCCCUGGGGAGACGACACUCCCCGGGAAGAUGAUACGCUAGAACUUGACAUAGGAGACACGGCGCAGUGUCUCUGGCGUGCGACAGAGAGAGCUCCGCCUGACCAGACACUCUCGGCCUCGACUCACAUGAUUCUCGACAAUUCGAAUCAUACACACAGAUCGUUAUUUACGGAUAACGGCUCGUGCCCCAAUCCGGCUACAGAUACGGAAGCGCCGCUUCACGAUUCUGUACCGCCAUAUGACUCGGAUGAUAGGCCUCACCUCGACGAUUUGUGUCACCUCUACGGGCUUCUUCCCACUCUCGCCCUCCUCUUCCUAGCCACUCCGCCAUUAGUCCUAGCUCAAGGCGCCGCCCGUGACGUUAUCCUGCACAUCACGGCGGGCGUAUCCUUCGCAACAAGCGCAGCUCUCCCGCCGCUCAGGUCUUUCGACGAUUUGGCGCCGGCGUAUUGGAUCUCUCUGUACAGCGUCUGGGGUGCAGCCUUCUUGACGGGCUUCAUGCUGGCCCUGCAGAGGCGAGACAACUGGUUGCAGCGGCAAGUUUUAGGCUGGAUGGUCAUAUUCGGAGCAAUCAACCUCCUCGGGUCGCUCGGCCAGAACGUACCCACGCAGCUCGAUGCUGUUGCUGUGUGGGGUCCUCUGGCUCUGACUGUCAGCUUGUAUGUGAUUUCGGGACUCAGCGAGUUGGUGAGCCUUGACCGUGCAGCCCGGUUGAUGGGAAACGCCUAG